UGGAUAUGGAUGUGGACGCCUCGUGCGCUCUGAUCUUUGGCGUGGAGAGGCUGCACUCAGCGGCGCGCAGGGUGGCCAAAUGAAUCAACGCCCUCCCGGCUCCUCCAGCGUGCAAUGGCUUAACAGGAGAGACAUGAGUGUCCGAACGGAGGACAACAUCAGCUUGUGCCAAAGGGCCCUUCAGAUCGUUACGGAGCUCUGUCUAGCGGGGCAUGUGGAUGGGGAGAAAUGCUCGGCUAUAUUUCCCUUGGAGAGCAACAUACCAGACAUCUCUAUCAGUCUCCUUGCUGUGGUCGUGGGUUUCUGUGGACUCGCCCUGUUGGUAGUCUCUCUCUUUGUCUUUUGGAAGCUGUGCUGGCCCAUCUGGAGGAGCAAGGCCCUCUCGUCCCACGCCGACAAUGGCCCCCGGGUUGGGCUCCCAGAGGCCCUUCCGCCGGCCCCCCAGCCCAUCACACCCCUCCACAAGGUGGCACCAGUGGAGGAGGAGAAGAAGCCUGUGCCAGUGGUGAAGGUGAACGGGCGGUGCAGCUCCGUGAAGCUGCUGGAGGCAGCCAUGAAGAUCAGCCAGACGUCCCCGGACAUCCCUGCUGAGGUGCAGAUGGCCCUCAGGGAGAGGCUGGGCCAGCAGGCCAAGAUCCAGAGGCAGACCACCGACCCCACCUCGUCCUCCAGGCACAAUUCAUUCCGCCGCCAUCUGCCUCGCCAGAUGAACGUGACGAGUGUGGACUUCAGCAUGGACAUGCUCCCCAUCCGCCAGUCGUCCACCGUAAGCAUCGGCCGCAUCAAGCCCGAGCUCUACAAGCAGAAGUCUGUGGACUCUGAGGACGGGACCCAGGAGCCGGUGGAGACGUGCGGUAAGCUGAGCUUCUCCCUGCUCUACGACUACGAGGAACAGGCGCUGAUGGUCACGAUUCUCAAAGCCCUGGAACUGCCGGCCAAGGACUUCACUGGCACCUCCGACCCUUACGUCAAGAUCUACCUGCUGCCAGAGAGGCAGAAGAAGUUCCAGACGCGUGUCCACCGCAAGACGCUCAACCCCACGUUCGAUGAGGCCUUCUUCUUCCCUGUGGAGUACGACCAGCUGUGCAACCGCAAACUGCACUUCAGUGUCUACGACUUUGACCGCUUCACCAGCCAUGACAUGAUCGGCGAGGUGGUGGUGGACAACCUCUUUGAGCUCUCCGACCUCUCGAGGGAAGCAGUGGUGUGGAAGGACAUUCACGCCGCGACCACGGAGAGUGUGGAUCUGGGGGAGAUCAUGUACUCUCUAUGCUACCUGCCCACGGCAGGACGGAUGACCCUGACCGUCAUCAAGUGCCGGAACCUCAAAGCCAUGGACAUCACUGGCUCCUCAGAUCCCUAUGUAAAGGUAUCCCUGCUCUGUGACGGACGGAGGCUGAAGAAGCGGAAAACCACCACCAAGAAAAGCACUCUGAACCCGGUGUACAACGAGGCCAUAAUCUUUGAUAUCCCCCCAGAGAACGUGGAACAAGUCAGCCUGUCCAUCAUGGUGAUGGACUAUGACCGGGUGGGCCACAACGAGGUUAUAGGUGUGUGUCGGACGGGGCCAGAUGCUGAGGGCCUGGGGAGGUACCACUGGAACGAGAUGCUGGCCUACCCACGCAAGCCCAUUACUCACUGGCAUGCCCUGGGAGAGUGGCCAGGAAGAGCGACAAGCUUUGAGAGCCAGGGGUCUUGUCCUUCACCCAAACCUCCACAGACUCCAUAGGGAACACAAAUGGAGCCAUGUGACCUGAUAGCAGAUUAACUAGAUGUGUACAGCUGUAGUAACCACAAUUCUGUCACUUACAGAAAUGUCCAAUGCCAACGUCCGACUCAUCCAGAUGACAGCAUUAUAGGUUGUGUUUCAUCAUCUAGGCCUAUUGCAUUUUACAACAAAGUAAAGCUGCCAAUGUCGUCUUAAUCAUCAUCAAUCAGGACUCUACAUUACAGCGUUAUGACACAAACAACAAAUGCCAAUGAAAUUAUGUCUUGCCGGAAGGGUUAGCCUAAUUUUCAGUUAAAGGCCCAGCGCAGUCAAAAUUCUGUUUUUCCUGUGUUUUGUAUCAUUGUACAACAGCUGAGGAAACUAACACCGUUUUUUCUUUAUUUGUACUAUUUUCUACAUUGUAGAAUAAUAGUGAAGACAUCAACACUAUGAAAUAACACAUAUGGAAUCAUGUAGUAACCCAAAAAAGUGUUGAACAAAUCAAAAUUAUAUAUACUUUUCAGUUAAAGGCCCAGCGCAGUCAAAAUUCUGUUUUUCCUGUGUUUUGUAUCAUUGUACAACAGCUGAGGAAACUAACACAGUUUUUUCUUUAUUUGUACUAUUUUCUACAUUGUAGAAUAAUAGUGAAGACAUCAACACUAUGAAAUAACACAUAUGGAAUCAUGUAGUAACCCAAAAAAGUGUUGAACAAAUCAAAAUUAUAUAUACUUUUCAGUUAAAGGCCCAGCGCAGUCAAAAUUCUGUUUUUCCUGUGUUUUGUAUCAUUGUACAACAGCUGAGGAAACUAACACCGUUUUUUCUUUAUUUGUACUAUUUUCUACAUUGUAGAAUAAUAGUGAAGACAUCAACACUAUGAAAUAACACAUAUGGAAUCAUGUAGUAACCCAAAAAAGUGUUGAACAAAUCAAAAUUAUAUAUACUUUUCAGUUAAAGGCCCAGCGCAGUCAAAAUUCUGUUUUUCCUGUGUUUUGUAUCAUUGUACAACAGCUGAGGAAACUAACACCGUAAAAGUGUGGAAAACAAAUCGUGAUCGUUGCUGGUUGAAAACACAAUCAAAUUGGUUAAUAGACCAAUAACAAAGAUAAUUCCAAACCUCUCUGCCAAUAACAGCUAG